AUGAUUGAAUUUGAAAGUGUUACUGAUGUACUACAAAAACAGAAUACUGCACCAAAUCCAUCAGCUUUAUUAUUAGCUACAGUUAGACCAGAAAAUGAACCUGAUACAGGAUUUGAACAUAAUAUUGCAGCAUCGAGGCAUGUAUAUGCCUUUUUGUCUAAAAAAUUGACAUUAUUCAAUGUUACAAAUUUCUCAUUAGCUAAAAAUAAUCCACCGGCACCAUCUGCUGAAUUAUUAGCAAUGACAGUAUUUCGAAUGGAUGCACUCCCACCUUGA